AUGAUGGAAGAGGAAGGAAGCCAUGGACGUGAAAGGUCAUUAGCAGCACCUCUCAUAUUUCUGAUCGUUGCUACUUUUCAAUUUGCAUACUAUUGCCUUGAUCACAUUUCCAAGAGUGAAUCCGAAAGAAAGAAAGAAGCUCAGUUGCGUGCAGAAAUAAAACAACUUUUGAAGGAGGCAAGUUUAAUGUCGCAGCCAUCAACAUUUGCACAAGCAGCAAAACUCAAAAGGCUGGCAACUGCCAAGGAGAAGGAACUUUCAAAGUACCAAAAUUCAAGUCACAAAGAUAAUACUGUAUAUACGAAAGUGCUGCUGAUAUUUAAGUAUUUAACAUAUGGAGUGCUGCUUAUCUGGUUUUGGCGUGUUCCUGUUGCCAGCGUAUCUCAGCAACUUGUGCAACCGUUUGGGAGGUUGCUAUCUUGGAAGUCCGGAGGAGUUCAAAAUAACAGUGUCCAGAUUGGGGUAAUAUCUUGGUUAGUAGUAUCAGCUAGAGUUUGCAGAUUUGUCCGUCGAGCUUAUAGCAAAUAA